UAACCUAGUUCAACAGUUAUUCAGUUUAACAAUAGACAGCGAAGACUACGCAGUCCAGGUGUUGGAAGGCUACUGAACAUAGCAAUUCUUUCCACAAAGAAUUUUCUUUAAUGUGCUAUGGUUGCGACAUGUGUGUAAUCAAUACAGCAAUACAGCAAUACGAGUAUUUUCAUACAGUAAUUUAUUUACAGUGAUGGCGGGAAAUCCUAAAAUUGUGGUAUUGGGAGCCGGGGUUGCUGGAAUAGGAGCAGCCACCAAACUGCUGAGUCUGGGAUUGAAAGAUGUGACAAUAAUUGAGGCAUCUGGAGUGGCUGGAGGGAGAAUAGCUAAGGCAUUUCUUGACAAGUCCUGGGUGGAUACAGGAGCUCAGUGGAUCCACGGAGCGACAGAGGCGAACCCAGUGUACUCUCUGCUGCGGCAGCAGGGCCUGUUGCAGGAUGUGGUGACAGAGGAGGGCACUGAGCUUGUGUUCCACAGCAAGGGACACAGAGUCAACGAGGACCUGUACAACCGUGUGUGUGAGGCUGGGGAGGGCAUCUGGAGACAUCAACGCCGGGGGAACCCUGGGAAGAACAUCGGUGACUACUACGCUGAGAAAUCUCUUGGUCUAGUCAAUAACUUGAGUAUUGGCGGAGAGGCUGAACAAGAAGAUAUACGGAACAUUCUGUCUCUGGUGUGUAAGAGCCUGAUGAUAGACGUUGGUGCGCAUGCCCUCAACAAUGUGUCGCUUGACUCUUGGCAGUACUACACCUAUAUGGGUGAGGACCUCAACGUUGAGGGGAAAAUGUUUCUCUUGCCUGAAAAACUUUUGGAAGACUUCCCUAAGGAAAGGCUGCUGCUGAAUAAAGCUGUGAUGAAGAUCAACUGGGAUGGCGGUUUCAGUGGGCAUGAGAGUCGCAUCUACCCUGUCUGCAUUGAGUGUGCAAAUGGGGAGAAGUUUCUUUGUGAUCAUGUGGUGGUUACCAUCUCACUUGGCUGCUUGAAAUCCGCACCACCAACCAUGUUUGACCCUCAGCUCCCAGAGGACAAGAGGGAGACCAUAGAGAAACUAGCCUUUGGCUGCAUCAACAAGAUCUUCCUGCAGUAUGAGGAGCCCUUUUGGGAAAAGGACGCGGAGAGCAUCAGCCUAGUGUGGGAGAAUGAGACUCCAGCUUCCCUAUCCACAGAUGCCACCCAGUGGCAGAGGAAUAUACCGUUUUUCACAGUCAUGAGACCAAAGGAGAAGUUUGGUCAUGUUUUGAUUGGCUGGUGCUCGGGGAACGUGGCACGGCAUGUUGAAACUUUAACGGAGGCCCAACUCUCUACAGCCCUCACCUAUAACUUCAGGAUGUUCAUGAAUAACCCUGGCAUUCCUUGCCCUAAGAGGGUUUUACGGACACAAUGGCAUAGUGAGGCAUUUAUUAAAGGUGCAUACAGCUAUAUCCCAGCUGACGUGGAUGCUGUGAUCAUGGACAAGUUGGCUCUUCCCUUGUCAAGCAGGAAAAACACCACAGAGGAUCUGCAAGUACUCUUUGCUGGGGAGGCCACAAUGAAAAACAUGUAUGGAACAGUGCAGGGGGCUCUGCUCUCUGGCCACAGGGAGGCAGAGAGGCUGUCUCUGCAUUAUGGAAGACCAGCACCGGCAUCAACUCCAUCUUCGUCUCCUCUGGAAACAUAGCUGCUCCCGUUCACAUAUAGUUCACAUAGGAGACAAUAAAAAGAAAAAUACAAAACAGUAUGUCUUUCCUUAUGACCUUUCAGGAAAUCCUUUUAACAAAAUGGCGGAGACAUUUGAAUGAUGGUAAUUCAAAUAAGGCUCCCAAAAUUCUUUUGAUUUGGAGUGUUCUGCUGCUUUAAAU